AUGGUAUAAAGCGAGUGAAAAAUAGUGUCCCCUGCACAAUGUCGACGGCUUCAAUUAACGGCUGGUGCCUCACCUCUCUCUCCCCUUCCCAAUCUUCUCUCAGGAGAUCUACAUUGCGCCCUUCUGUUUUUGCCAGGCUCAACUCUUCUCCUACUUCUUCCUCUUCUACUCCUACCCUUAUCAGGAACGAGCCUGUUUUUGCUGCCCCUGCUCCUAUCAUCAAUCCUAGCUUGAGAGAAGAGAUGGGAAAGGAAGCUUAUGAUGAGGCAAUUGAAGCUCUCAAGAAACUCCUCAGGUUAAAAUUAAAAAAGAAAAGAAAAAAGAAGCUUCAUUCAAUUUGCUAUGUGGUUGAUUGCAGUGAGAAAGGAGAGCUGAAAGCCGAGGCAACUGCGAAAGUAGAGCAGAUAACAGCUGAGUUACAGACCGCAUCAUCUGACAGCAAACCUUUCAACCCUGUUGAAAGGAUGAAAGAAGGCUUCAUUCAUUUCAAGAAAGAGAAAUACGACAAGAAUCCUGGAUUGUACAGUGAGCUUUCAAAAGGCCAAAGCCCCAAGUUUAUGGUGUUUGCUUGCUCAGACUCCAGGGUCUGCCCAUCACACAUACUGGAUUUUCAGCCAGGAGAGGCUUUUGUGGUCCGUAAUGUUGCUAAUAUGGUCCCACCAUAUGAUCAGACCAAGUACGCAGGAGUUGGUGCUGCAGUUGAAUAUGCAGUUUUGCAUCUGAAGGUUGAGUACAUUGUGGUCAUUGGGCACAGUUGCUGUGGUGGAAUUAAGGGGCUAAUGUCUUUCCCAUAUGAUGGAAACAAAUCCACUGACUUCAUAGAAGACUGGGUUGCUGUUGGUUUACCUGCCAAGUCCAAGGUGAUAGCAGAACGUGGCAGUGUGCCUUUCCCAGACCAGUGCACAUACUGUGAAAAGGAAGCAGUGAAUGUGUCCCUUGCAAACUUGCUAACAUAUCCAUUUGUUAGAGAUGCAUUGGCAAGCAAAACUCUUGGAUUGAAGGGUGCCUACUACGACUUCGUUUCAGGAAAAUUCGAGCUGUGGGGGCUUGAGUACUCCUUUACUCCCUCUCUCUCUGUAAAAGAUGUGGCCACCAUACUACAUUGGAAGCUCUAGGGCAUUGCAUAGAGGUCAUUUCUGCUAAGAUGAUGAGGAGACUUUCUUGAGUUUGUUACACAAUAAAUUAAUGAAGUGGGUUUAUGUAGAUAAGACCCUUUUAAGGUCAAGAAUUGCAGAUUCUUGAUUGGGCUGCUGAAUCUAUCUUCCUUGACAUGUU